GCCGUCAUGAUGGUUUGCUGGUUCGCAUUGCCCAAGGUGCGCAAGCGAACUGAGUAGAGUUACCGAUCUUGCGACAAUGUCGGGGUCAGUGGACGCCGCAACCGAAAUGUUCGUCUGAUACGAGAAACGCCAUGACAUCAUCUCGAUAACCGCGUUCCUUACGGGGUCCACGGAACGCGUUGCUUGUGCACCAACAAAACGACCACAUCAGCGCUUCUAGUAUAUAUGAAGACAGUUUUACUUUUCUUGAAUUCUUCUUAUCUCUUUUGGUGUUUGUUGCCAUAUCCCCAAAACAAUUUCCCAAUUUCACACUAGCCCAACAACAUGUCAGCAACACAAACCGUACAAAUCAUAAGCAUAUCCACAGCGCUGCUGGCGUCGGGUGGCAUCGCAGCAUUGUCCCUUUUCGACAUACCCAUGAUACAAUCACAACCGGCAUCUCGCUCUCUUCCCAUGGUACGCUGGCUUUUCUCACGGGGCUCUCACACCUUCCCAACCGCGGCAAUUACUUCAGCCUCCGGCUUCGUCUAUCUCGCUUACAGCGCCCUCCCCACCUCAUCCCUCAACUCCACAUCGUCAUUGCUCCAGCAUGCUGUGAAGGGAAAGACAGGACUCUACCUUGUAGCCGCAGUACUUUCCUUCAGCAUCGCACCAAUCACCAGUUUUAUGAUACCAACCAACUUUGCCCUUAUCAGGAAGAAUGAGGAACUGGGCGGGAGCCGAAGUGCAGCAUCUGCUGAGUAUCGAGAGAAAGCUGGAUUGAAGGGGCGAAGCGCUGAUGAAUCUGUCGAUAGCAAGGAUGACGUGAGUCAAUGGAAAGACUUGAGCGUACCACAAGAGAAGACCGAGAAGAACAGUAGCGAAGCGGAAGAUAAAGAAGUGAGCGAGCUGUUGGACAAGUUUGGUAAGCUAAACAUGCUCCGGGCGCUGGCUAUUGGGUUGGGUGGUAUUGCGGGGUUGAUGGCUGCGUUGGCGUAGGA